GCACCUACCCCCUACCAGUUCCAACCAAUACCCCUACCCCUAUCAGGAUGACAAUAGUUCCCAGUCUUCUCUCUUUUCCGUGUGUAUAAUGGCCGACUUGGAAAAACAGAAUAUCGCUAUUGAGCUCCGUAAAUUUAGAAAAAAGCUUCGCCAAAUAGAGAAGUUGGAGGAAUUAGAGCGGGAUUUGACAGAAGAGGAAUUUUUAAAGCUUUCUAGGAAGGAUGAAGUACGCUCCAAAGUGCAAGAGUUGGUGGCUAGAGAUGAAGAACUGAGCUCUGAACUGAAAACCAUGGAAAGUGCAGGGCAACAAGAUGAACAAACUUCUUCGAAUGAACAAGAAGAGGCAACAAAUAUACCAGCUACCGUAGAGACUCAAGCCGAGGAAUCUUCACAAGAAGUCAUCAGUGAAAAUGUUCUGAGUGAAAAUGAGCAGGCUUCACUAAAUGAAAUUUGCAAUCAGACUCCUGAAUCAACAUGCCCCAGAAUAGCUGAAGUUGAGACAGCAAAUACUGCCAUUACAAGAGAACCAUUGAUGUCAUCUUCCAACAGAACUUACAUGAAGUUUUUUGUCAGGAAUUUGGAAGGUCAUAAUGAUGUGAUAUGUGACGUUGCUUGUUCAGGUUCAGUGCUGGUGUCCGGAAGCCGCGACACCAUGCUUAAAUUAUGGGAUGCCGAUACAGGGCGAGAGAUGAGAAGCAUGGGCGGACAUACGGGAACGAUAACGUCAGUUUUUCUUUUACCAAAAAAGGGAAUGUCGUCAUGCGAAGUGCCUUCCAGCUUUCGAACUGACCAGUACUCGGUGCUCACGGGCUCUAAAGAUUGCUCCAUGAAAAUCUGGUCCCUCUCAAGCGGUCAGAUCAAGCGAUCCAUGUAUGCCUUUUCACCUGUUGAGUGCCUGGAUUGCACCAGUAAUCUAACUGCUGCUGGACUAGAUGGCGGUAAGCUUGAGCUUUGGGAUCUGGAGACAGGAGCGAUUGUGAGAUCGGUGCGCGGCCACGAUGAAGAUGCUGUCACAGCUGUCAAGUUCCAGGGCGAUCGUGUGAUUAGUGGCUCGGCCACAGGGGUGGUGAAAGUCUGGGACAUCCGGGACAAUUCUCUUAAGCCUGUGAUGAGCUCGGACCAGGCUCCUGUGGACCAAACUGACGCCGGCGUGACUGUCAAGCCAAGACGCGUGCGUUGCUUAACAACAACAGAAGAAACAGUUUACUGGGGAGAUGAUGGGGUUAACAUCAAGGCAAUGGACUUGAAUUCAGGUAAACUUCGAAAGAUUCGUAAUCACGUGGCACAGUUUGGAUCAACAGGUGCCAUGGCGACCGCGGGUUCGUGUCUUGUGAGUGCGGGAUAUGACCUGGACCGAGGAAAUGGAUACUUGAAUGUUCGCAGCCUUCCCUCAGAGCAAUACUUGGCAACCGUGAAUGACGAAAGCACAGGAAGUAUCACCUGCUUGUCAUGCACACAGGCAACACGUGAUCAAGUGACACUGCACAAAAUGUGCACGGGGGGAAUGGAAUUGAAACUCUGAGAUCAGCUGCCGAGUUCAAUGGUAAAAAAACGUGCAAGGUUAGUAAGGUGUGUCUUUGCUACGAGUAUAGUUUUUGCAGAAAACAGUUCUGCCAAAAAGCAAAAAGAAUAAAUUAGUCCUUUGCAAGUGGACUCUGCAAGGAUUCACCAAAACUGUUCAGAUUAA